UCUAAGCUAUCGCGGCACGGACACACUGGAAGCGAAAUCAACACGGAUGAUUUCGCAAAUAAUUUCUUUGAAAAAGGAAAAACUAAGAAAUGGGCGAUGUGGACAAGUGGAUCGAGACGGUGAAAGAGUGCAAGUACCUGCCGGAGAAUGAGCUGAAGAAUCUGUGCGAGAUGGUGUGCGACAUACUGCUGGAGGAGUCAAACAUUCUGCCCGUGAGCACGCCCGUCACCGUCUGCGGCGAUAUCCAUGGCCAGUUCUAUGACCUGGAGCAGCUAUUCCGGACGGGCGGCCAGGUGCCGGACACAAACUACAUAUUCAUGGGCGACUUUGUGGACCGCGGCUACUACUCACUGGAAACAUUCACCCGCCUGCUGACGCUCAAGGCGCGCUACCCCAAUCGGAUAACGCUACUGCGCGGCAACCACGAGACGCGGCAGAUCACCAAGGUCUAUGGCUUCUUCGACGAGUGCUUCAGCAAGUAUGGAAAUGCCAAUGGCUGGAAGUAUUGCUGCAAGGUGUUUGAUCUGCUCACCAUAGCCGCCAUCAUCGACGAGGAGGUUCUGUGCGUUCACGGCGGACUGAGUCCCGAGAUCAUCACUCUUGACCAGAUCCGGACAAUCGAGAGGAACGGCGAAAUACCCUACAAGGGUGCAUUCUGCGAUCUAGUGUGGUCCGAUCCCGAGGACAUGGAGUUCUGGGGCCAGAGUCCACGUGGCGCUGGCUGGCUGUUCGGUCAUAAUGUGACCAAGGACUUUAUGACGAUCAAUAACCUGGACCUGAUCUGUCGGGCGCAUCAGCUAGUCAACGAGGGCAUCAAGCACAUGUUCGAGGGCAAGCUGGUGACCGUGUGGUCGGCACCCAACUACUGCUAUCGAUGCGGCAACGUGGCCGCAAUUCUCAGCUUCGAUACGGCGAAACAGCGACAGGCGAAGAUCUUUCUGGCGGUGCCGGAUGCGGAGCGGGUGAUACCUAAGCAGAACACGACGCCGUACUUCCUCUAAACCGAUGUGAUUCGAACCGAACCAAACCGAUCCGCCCACCAUUCAAGCUGGGGAGAUUAUAGAUGUACGCUUCUUGGACACGGCGUGGAGAGCAGCCUUCGGCCGAAGCCAACUGUCUACGUUAGCCGCCUUUAUCGCCGCCUUUACCCAACCCCCACUCCAAAACACACGCCCACAAAGGCACUGUCAACGCACACACAGGCCCACACCUGCAAUAUGCGCUCCUACUUUUGUUAUGGCCAAAAACAUAUCUAUUUUACAAGGUCAACAAGUAAAUCCCAUUGACAGUGAGUUAAGUGCAACACCAAAAAAAACUAAAUAAUAUAUUCAAGUUUUUUUUUAUAAGAUUUAAAUUUAAAACAAGUAUUGCAUUUACUGAUGUUCAAGCAGAAGCUACAUAUAUGUAUAUGUAUAUAUAUAUUUUGUAUUCCAAAAACCUAUUUAUUUCCGUGUGGAAAAAACAAGAAUAGCACAACCCUGGAAUAAGAAUAUUAAUUAAAAACCAACUGUGUGAUCCCGAUUAAGCAAA